CCAAUAACCUGAAGAAGAAGCAGCUCCGUGGCGGUCCUGAAGUUUCCGUUUAGAGUGUCUGUGUUUAGCAGCUCUCAGGCGUUGUACGAAGUGUGUUACACUCGCUCAGUGAACUGAUACCCGCUAUGGACAGCACGUACGGCUCAGACAUUAAACCGUCUGCCUGCAGUGGCGGCUACCUGCACACGGAGCUCACGGCCCCACCGUGGACGCCUCCGCCGACUUACGACGGUCAUUCCUACGGAGCGGGCUUCGGACGGUCACGCUUUGUCCAGCCGUAUGGAUUCGAUCCCUCUGUCCCCCCGCCUGGUUUCGGCUGCCCGCCUCCUGGACACUUCCUGAGCGUGGCGCCCCCCGCUUCGGUAAACGACUACAGCAGCGCCGGAGCGCCAGCGUGUCAGCCUCCGAGGCCUCACGCCCCCCGUUGUGACCGUGAGCCGGCGCUAGACUUCAGCCGCUGGCAGCACGAGGGCCUGCGCCCGGCAGGUACGGGACUGGCACCGCAGCCGGACGAUGACGCGGCCCGGCAGAGGAGGCGGGACGCGCAGUGGAUCACACGAUUCUUACAGACCAGAGGGAGAAGCUCCAGGAGGGCACAGAGCCCCCAGCAGCAGCCACAGCUGAGCUCCAUCCCCGCCCUCAGAGACGCUCUGUACGGGGCAGCCGAGCUCGUUUCACGGCUGGAGGAGAUCUGCCACACUCUGAAUCACAACCUGCACAAUGACAGCGUGUGGUCAGACCAUUAUUUAAGGGCUUUACGCGUGAAGGUCGAGCUGCAGGACAAAGUCAAUCUCCUCAGAGAUUCCGAGUGCUUGGAUCAGUUGAAAACUAAAGUGUCCCGAGCUGCUCGGAGGAGGGUCCGAAGACUGCGGGCCAGGAAAGAAGCGCAGAUAGAGGAGCAGCACGCAGAGGAGCGCAGAUCUCAGAAAGAGGCCGCUAUAGAUAAAUGGAGGAUGAAACUGAUGCAGGAGGUGGAGGAGAAGAAAAAGGAGCAGGACCUGAAACUGGCUGCAGACUCUGUUCUGUGUGAGGUGAGGAAGAAGCAGGCAGAUGUGAAGAGGAUGCAGGACAUCCUGAGAUCUCUGGAGAAGCUGCGCAGGCUAAGGAAAGAGGCAGUAUCCAAGAAAGGCAUUGUCACCGAGCUGCAGAGCGACGAGGUGUUCAGCGGCAGACUGGAGCAGCUGAGGACUGUGAUGAAAAAGAGGACUGCUGUUUACUCGGCAGAGGAGAAAGCGCUGAUGGUGAUGCUGGAAGGCGAGCAGGAGGAAGAGAGGAGGAGAGAGCAGGAGAGACGAGCGAGGAAGGAGAGAGAGAGACAGCUGCAGAGGAAACACAGAGUGGACUCCAUGCUGUUUGGAGAAGAGUUUCCAGCUGACUGCGCCCUGCAGCCCUUCAGAGACUAUUACAGCCAGGCUGAACACUCUCUGCAUGCUCUCAUCCAAAUCAGAAAAGAAUGGGACACAUUUUUGGUUGCAGCAGAUCAUCCUGACAGUUCAUCAGUUCCUCAGAGCUGGAUCCUGCCAGACCCCCCAUCAGACCAGGCCUGGGCCUCUGCCCUGCAGACUGCUGACACCGACUGCGACAGCCUCUGACUCCUUCUCUGCGUGCAAGAACUAACUGAUGGUGACAAAGGAAGCUGCACCUUCGCUGGAUUUUUGAACACACUUUGAUCAAAGUGGCCACACAGCUUCUGAAACAUAUGUCUAGUUUCUUGUCUUAUCCAUGUGACGUGCAGCUGAGGAGCUGUUGUUCCAGAGGGCCAUAGAAAUGCAUUAUCACUGUUUUCUUUACCUCAUUAAGGGUUUAUUUAUUUCAGAAUGAACAAGAAAUGAAAUAAACAAUAUGAAGAUGUCAUACAUUUCAUUAUUUUAUUUCAUUACAUUAUUAUGCUAACAGAUGGAAGCACACCAAAGCAUUUAUCAUUUACAUUUAUUUAGGAGAAAGCAUAACACUCCAGGAUGUAAGCUCAACAAGCUGAAUUUAAAAAUAAACUCUGAUCAGCACAGUUCAGUCAACUCUGGAUAUGUUCACCUUCAGUUAAAGACAUCAGCGAUGGAUCUCUGAAACCAUGAUUCACCAUGGCACUGGGUAAACAGAAUAAGAAUGGCUAUUGAUCCCAGUGGGAGCUUCAUAUGUCUGACAGCUCAUCUAUUUGUAUGAGAACUGAAAGGCCUGAUUGCUGUGGGUAACAAUGAUUUC